AUGGCUGACGAUCUAAAUACAACAAAUGCAGCUCUAGCUGAUUUAAAAAAGAAGCGUACAUUUCGUAAAUUUUUGUUCCGUGGUGUUGAUUUAGAUCAAUUAUUAGACAUGCAAACUGAUCAAUUAAUGCAAUUAUUACAUUGUCGUGCUAGACGUCGUUUAGGACGUGGUUUGAAAAGAAAACCAAUGGCAUUAAUUAAACGUUUACGUAAAGCUAAGAAAGAAGCACCCGAAUUAGAAAAACCAGCUGCUAUUAAAACACAUUUACGUAACAUGAUCAUUGUACCUGAAAUGGUCGGAUGUGUUGUUGGCGUUCAUCAAGGAAAAACAUUCAAUCAAAUUGAAAUUAAACCAGAAAUGAUUGGACAUUAUUUAGGUGAAUUUUCAAUUACUUAUAAACCAGUUAAACACGGUAGACCUGGUAUUGGUGCAACACAUUCAUCAAGAUUUAUACCAUUGAAAUAG